AUGUACAUUUCCAUGGGAAUUAAAAUAGGUGGUGAUACCUGCGAACCUCUCUUAUUCGAGCUUUACUCUGACAUAGUACCAAAGACUUGUGAGAAUUUUAUAAAACUAUGCACAGGAGAGCUUGGCAUUAUUGCAAAGAAUGGAGAUCAGAAAUAUCGGAUGCAUUAUCUAAACACAAUAUACUUUAGGCUAGUUCCAGGCGGGUGGAUUCAGGGCGGAGACAUCUUUCGCGGAAGCGGAGAUGACGGUAGGUCUAUCUACGGCCCAAGAUUCGAAGGUUUAGUAAAUCUCAAAUAA